AUGAUGGAGACUAUUGGUGUCGUGUUACGGCUUAUUGACGAGUGUGGUUUAUGGAAAACAUUUUCUUGCUCGGAAACUUUGGACAAUUUUGUUAGAUCGAUAAUAGCAGGCCAACCGUCUCGUAACGGGGGUGAGAAGAGAAUGGAGUGGAAGCUUAAUGUAUAUAAAGUAAAGGAAGAUAGAAAGGCCGCUUAUCCAACAUUGUGUCGCAUUUAG